CACGAAACAGCAUUGACCCAAUGGUGGCUGAGCUGUUCACACCUUGAAAAAUUCCUAAUUUCAUCGUCUUCUUCAACCCCUCCAACUUGUUUGUCCCCUUUGUGAUUCGCUCUUUGAUCAUCAUCUAUCAAGCUUCAAUUUUUUUCACAAUUCUUCAUAAAAUCCUGCUUUUAAAACCCCAAUCUCAUCAAUCAAGACUUUCAACUUUCAAGAUCUGAUCGAUCCAACAUAAAUUCAAUCUUUUUCAUAAAUUCUUCAAAUUUCAAUAAACCCAUUUCAAGAAUCUGUUUCUUGAUCAUCCCUUUUGACCCACUUCAAUCUUUUUCAUAAAUUCUUAAAAUUUCAGUAUACCCAUUUCAAGAAUCUGUUUCUUGAUCAACCCUUUUGACCCAAUUCAAUCUUUUUUUUUUUUUCAUAAAGUCUUCAAAUUUCUGAUAACCCAUUUCAAGAAUCUGUUUCUUGAUCAGAAUAUUAAAUGGGUAAUUGCUGUGCUGUACCCUCUACCACAGAUAACGAUUUCGAAAACAAAAAGGGUAAAAACAAGCCCAACCCAUUUGCUCUAGACAACGGUGGGUCAAUCCCAUCUGGAAAUGGGUAUAAACCAUAUGUUUUAGAAAACCCAACUGGGAAUCAAAUAGAACAAACAUAUGUUCUUGGUAGAGAAUUGGGUAGGGGUGAAUUUGGGGUUACUUAUUUGUGUACUGAUAAGUCAACUGGUGAGGUUUACGCGUGUAAAUCGAUAUCGAAAAAGAAGUUAAGGACUCGGGUUGAUGUGGAAGAUGUUAGGAGGGAGGUUGAGAUUAUGAAGCAUAUGCCACCUCACCCUAAUAUUGUGAGUUUGAAGGAUACUUAUGAAGAUGAUAGUGCUGUUCAUUUGGUUAUGGAGUUGUGUGAGGGUGGAGAGUUGUUUGAUCGGAUCGUUGCGAGAGGUCAUUACACCGAACGCGCGGCUGCGGGUGUUACCAAAACCAUUGUUGAGGUUAUUCAGAUGUGCCACAAGCAUGGUGUUAUGCACCGUGAUCUUAAACCCGAAAACUUCUUGUUUGAAAACAAGAAAGAAACAGCAGCCUUAAAGGCUAUCGAUUUUGGGUUAUCUGUUUUCUUCAAACCAGGUGAAAGGUUCAAUGAGAUUGUAGGUAGUCCAUACUACAUGGCUCCCGAGGUCCUAAAAAGAAAUUAUGGCCCAGAAGUUGAUGUAUGGAGUGCUGGUGUGAUCCUAUACAUAUUGCUUUGUGGUGUCCCGCCGUUUUGGGCAGAAACUGAGCAAGGAGUUGCACAGGCAAUCAUUCGAUCUGUUGUAGAUUUUAAAAGAGAUCCUUGGCCCAAAGUUUCCGAUAGUGCAAAGGAUCUUGUUAAAAAGAUGCUAAAUCCUGACCCGAAAUUGCGUCUCACUGCUCAAGAAGUUCUUGAUCAUCCAUGGAUACAAAACGCCAAAAAGGCUCCAAAUGUUUCUUUAGGUGAAACCGUUAAAGCAAGACUCAAGCAAUUCUCAGUGAUGAACAAGCUCAAGAAAAGAGCGUUAAGGGUGAUUGCGGAGCAUUUAUCGGCUGAGGAAGUGGCAGGAAUAAAACAAGGAUUUGAUUUGAUGGAUACUAGCAAACAAGGAAAGAUAAACAUCGCUGAGUUGAAAGCCGGUUUGCAAAAGCUCGGCCAACAAAUACCAGAUGCAGAUCUUCAGAUACUUAUGGAUGCUGGAGACGUUGACAAAGACGGAUACUUAAACUAUGGAGAAUUUGUUGCAAUUUCCGUUCACUUGAGAAAAAUGGGCAAUGAUGAUCAUCUUAAAGACGCUUUUGCAUUUUUCGAUCAAAAUAAAAGUGGAUAUAUUGAGAUUGAAGAGCUAAGAGAAGCCUUAUCCGAUGAACUUGAACCCAACAAUGAAGAAGUCAUUGCUGCCAUUAUUCAUGAUGUUGAUACUGAUAAGGAUGGAAAAAUAAGUUUCGAGGAAUUCACAGCAAUGAUGAAAGCAGGGACGGAUUGGAGGAAGGCCUCUAGACAAUACUCACGAGAACGUUACAAUAAUCUUAGCUUGAAGUUAUUCAAAGACGGAUCGAUGAACUUAAACGGAUAAUUAGGGAAGCCAAACACAUAUUUCUGGUAACCAUAACUUCUAAUAUUAUUGUUGUUAUUAUUGGGCAUUUUCUGUUCUUGUAAUAUGUUGUUGGGGGUUUAUUCAUUUCAUUUAAUGAGUGGUAUUGUGGGGAGUAAACUAUAGGGAUUUUUCGGGUGUAAAUAUUUAUCUUGCGUAUGUGAUCUGUGCAAUGUACACAAAAUUUGAGUUGCAAGUUAAUAUUUUGGUGUUUUUUUUUCUUUUGUUAA